ACAGAAACCUGAAAAUAUUUCUUGCUUUUAUCAUUACAAUAACAUUCUUAAUUGUAGCUGGAUUUCUGGAAGAGAAAUACCCAAUGAUACAAACUGCGCUAUUAGCACAGACGGGAAGGACAAACCUGGUAAAAUGAAAGAUGGUUCGUGUAUAGUAGAAAACAUUUUAUCUGUGGGUUAUGUCACACAAGUCAAAGUACCACUGUUUGGAGAAGAAGGAUUCAAUGUGAUUCCCCAAUAUAAGAAAUACACAGUGAAACCUGGUCCUCCUCAAAUAAUGAAAGUGGAAGGGAUGAAGGAAAUGCUAAGAGUUCACUUGAGAAAAAAACCAGAAGAACCAAAUUGGGAUCCUUUUAUGUGCCAGAUUCAAUACCAAGCCACAGCAAAAAACAUUUCAGCAGACAUCAGUAUCCCGAUCAAACAUUAUGUCAGAAAUCAAAUUGCAAAUCUCACUGGCCUAUGGAAUUUUACAAAUUAUACAGUUGCUGUUCGGUGUAGGCUUGGUGAGCCCCAUGAGUCGAGUCCCUGGAGUGAAUGGAGCAACAAAGUAAUAGGCAGAACAGAAGAACAAGCCCCUUCGAAAGUAGACUUAUGGAGAGUAAUUGAAACUGUUCAUCCUAAUGAAAGAAGGAUGCGCCUUUUGUGGAAGGUAAAUAAAGAAUUCCCAUCUUCAGGAAUCAUAACUGGCUAUACAGUAAGAUACAUUGCAGAAAACAGCAACAUUACUUUUGAAAAAAAAUACAAUCAGAAAGAGCUUGUCAUUCUCAGCCUGACGGAGGAUGCCUAUAAUAUCAGUUUUACUGCUCAUAACAGUGCUGGAGAGUCUCCUGAAGCUACUAUUAGAGUUCCAUCAUCAAAACAGGAAAAAACAAUGAAACCAAAAAUUCUUCAUCUGAAUGCUUCUGUUGCAAACGAGGAAAUGAAUUUGACAUGGGAUUUAACAAAUUCAGAAAUAGAUGGUUAUCUUAUCGAAUGGUAUGAGUCGGAGGAAAACACAUACAAGCGAUCUUGGCAUAGGAUAAGAAAUACCACAAAAUGGACUUCCCCCAAAGGAAUCUUAAAACAUUUUAAAUGCUAUAAUUUUUCAGUAUACCCUUUGUGUAAAGAUGAAAUAAAAAAGCCAACUUCCAUCAGUAUCUACUUCUAUGAAAAUGUCCCAUCUAGUGGUCCUGACCCUGAACUGGAAAAUGUUGGUAAAGAUUAUGCCACCAUAAAAUGGAAAGAAAUUCCAAAAUCAAAAAGGAACGGUGUGAUUAUUAACUAUACUAUAAUAUAUAAAACAGACAACAAACUACUGGAAGAAACUGUGGAUGGCAGUAUCCUGAAAUACAAACUUAAGUCUUUGCAACCCAUCACCAAUUACAAAGUUUGGAUUAAGGCAAACACCACCAUUGGAGGAACAACUGGAAGUGAACUGUCCUUUUUUACUGUACUACUUAGUACAACAGACAUUAUCUUUGCAGCUAUCUUCAUUGGAAUAUUCAUGACAUGCCUCUUAAGUUUUGGACUAUUAUGGGCUUUAAAAUAUAAAAUGAUAAAACGAAUUUGCUGGCCUCAGAUUCCACAUCCUGUAAUAGCAAGUUGUCCUGCUGUAUCUCAGAAAGUCUUAUUGGGGAACUCAUCUUUUGAGGAUGACAUCAAUAUUUUGAAAAUGGAUACUUGCAAUGAGAAUGAGUUGCCAUUGCUGAAUCCUGAAAACUGCUUCAAACAAGCAAAUGUUACUGCAGAAAUUAAGGUUGCUGGUCAAGGGACUUUUUGCAGUGGAGAAUACAAAGCUCUAGAAUUUUUUCUCUCAGUAUCAUCUUUGAACCAUGACUUCAAGAAUCAAACAUUUCUAACCACUAGAAGGGAUUCUCAAAGUUCUGCAAAAGAAGAAAUGCAAUAUCAGGAAAAUUUACAGGAGAAAACUGAAUUUAAUUCAUAUUUGAAAAACUCUGUUCAAGAGAGUUCCUGGAUUGCGAGAAUGUAGACAAAAUACAAAAUAAAUUGAAACCCAGCAAUGCUUCUUUGGACUGUUGUAGUGCUGAGGAUCCUUAUGUAGCACCAGAUACAGUUAAAUUACUAUCAAAGUAUUAAUUACAAAAAAAAAUCUGUUGGAUAUGCUUUUGUUGCAAAUACGGUCAAAGCUAUGCCUUCUUAAAAUUUUUGUUAUCACAGAUCUCAAAUAUGUUAUACAUGGAGGUGAAAAUGAAGUCAUAUAAUUGUCAAUCGAAACAAUUGAAUGUGUUGUAAAGAUUGGUAUAAAAAGGUUAUGUAGAAAUAAAUA